UCUGGUGUGGAACCUAAAACUUGUAUUUACCAUGCAUGCGCGAUUGAAAACCAGUCACAGCCGAUACAAAUUCUAUAUGUGGAUGGGAUGCUCUCAUAUCAAGAACGAAUUUCAUUUCGAAAAAGUAACAAACGAGUUGACAUCAAUUUAUUGAAUCGACCCCAUAAAGUGUGUGUGUACCAUUGAAAAUCUGUUCGGUUUGUGAUUUCGCUCGGUGCUGGUACUAUAAAUUAUGCAUUUUGUUUAUCGACGACAGUGUCACUAAAAAGUGUUUCUUUUUACGAGCUGAAAAGUAGAUCGAGUACAUGUCGCGAAUAAUAUUCGUCUGUGGAAUAACAGUUCCGCGGAGCGGAGAGUGAAUGUGUACUAAAUACAAAAGGCUUUAAAACCAUAUAUUAUUGUGUGUUCGUACACCGAUUAUCUUUCAUUUGAACGAUGUACAGAUUUUGAUGAAUGAAGUGAGAACUAAUUGAUGCAUUUAGACAAAACGCCUUCGUGCAAAUGAAUAACCAGUAAAAUCCAGUGUAUGUGUUUGUUUAAUAAAAUAACAAGAACCAGACAAUUAAUAAUGCAAUAAUGACCGAAUGUUAUUGAUGUGACCGUCGCCAUUCAGAAUUUAAUAACAUGGACGAUGAAGAAAUACUGAAAACUGUCGAAUCUAUGCUCGGCAAAAAUGUUGAAAUUGUUGAUUGUGAAAAGACUUCGUCCGUACGCGAAGAGGAAGUUUUACUGAUCAAUGGAAUUCAAAUUCAGUUGGACGAAGAUGACAGUAUAGCUAUAAAGAAGGCACUGAUAACUGGUGAAGUACCACCAUGUGAUUUACUGAAUCAGUUACUAUUCCGUGCUGGUAUUAUGCGUCAACCAGUUCACCUGGAAACAUCUUUAUCGGUGAAAUCGUCAAUUGUUACAACGGAAGAGGUGACUAUAGCACGAGAUGGCCGAAUAUUGGACGAACGUUCAACUGAAACUAAGGAAGAUAAUUUCUACACGAGCUCGUCAUCGGAAAUUUGGGAUCCGAUUAAGAUUGUACCAGUUACAGAUCAGUGCAUUCCAAAUAUUUCCCUAACACCGACUGAUCAAAGAAUACCAAAAAUCGCUCCAUUAAGUCAAUCAACCGCGUCAGCUACAGAAGAGUCCACCGAUUACAUUGUAACACACCAAAAUGGUGAUGAUGAAACCGAAGAGGAAUCAACCACAUGCCACUAUCAACAGUCCUAUCCAGCCAAUGCAAAGAGUCUACCAAUUCGCCAAAAUUCCCUUUGCACAGACUCGUCACAGUCGAGUGCAAAUAGUUCGAACUUUUCCUCCCGGCCGGCCAGCAAUACUUCCAUUAGCGAAGUCUCAUCGUCUGCCAAAGUAGAACAACCAUUGUCGGCUGGAUCAUGUUCUUCGCCAAUUAAAUGGCCGACAAAAAUGGUGAAUCAAAGUAAAACGGUCAACCAAAGUAUUAGCUGUGAUUCCGGCCACGAUGACUUGUUCAGCAGUUUAGAACAGAGUGGUUUGGUGCAUACCCCAAAUUCGUUGUCAUCUUGCUGUGAGCUGUCAGCAGAUGAAUUGGAUUUUGUUAAAAAUUCCGAUACGAUCGCUAUAGGGAGCUGUGCUGAAAUGAAGGGCGGUUUAAAGAAAAUGUUGCCGCAACAGAAAUUGCCCACAAUUUUCGGCACAGUGGCUGAUCGAUGUCCAAAAGAUGGUUUAAACAGGAGGGGCUUUCCCCAAACGACUCAAAGUAACUCUAACGUUGCCACCGAAUUUUGCCAUCCCGAAUCGGAUGAACAUGAAAAAGGUUCAGAUCUGGAUGAUAAUGCUCUAGUCUAUCGUGAUGGUAACUUAAUUUCGGGCUCAUUAGAUGCACUGCUUCAGCAUAUGGUGCCGACGAGCGACUACUAUCCCGACAAAUCAUAUUUAUUUGCAUUUUUACUAAGUGCGCGGUUGUUCAUUCGCCCUCAUGAACUACUUACAAAAAUCAGUCAGCUAUGUGAUAUUCAACAAAGUCUUACACCUUCAACCCAAUCCCAAUGCACCACCAACACACAAGAACUUAGCAGAUUUGCUAAGCAUUUCGUUCAAUUGUUAGCAGAAUGGAUCGAAACCUUUCCCUACGAUUUUCGUGACGAUCGUCUGAUGCAGCAGGUUCGAUCGAUGACACAAAAAUGCAUCAACGUUGACGGCAAUUUGCGUAAAGAAGUAUCAGCGAUGCUACAAAAUCUCUUGCACCGGUUGAACGUGCUCGAUCAGUACGAGGAACAUUUGGGCCGCAUGAAUGUCGGCACAGAUCGAGACGAUUUGACAUCGUCAUCAUCAUCCUCAUCCAGCCACCUUCCAGCAACGUCAAAUUCCAAUUCAUUCAAUACUUCCAUACAUUCAACGUCACUGUCCAUUGGACCCACGUCGGGUACAUCAUCAGGCGAUAUCACAGAACUGUGUCCCAGUCCCACCUUACUAUCACACCAGUUGACACAUAUUGAACUUGAGCGAUUAUCUCACAUCGGACCGGAGGAGUUUGUACAGGCUUUUGCUAAGGAGAAUCCACAUUUAGAGACUUCGUUCAAUGACAUGAAGAAAACGAGGAACUUGGAAUCAUACGUGCAAUGGUUCAAUAGACUUAGUUAUUUAGUUGCCACUGAAAUCGUUAAGCACCCGAAAAAGAAGCAGCGAAUAAGAGUGGUCGAAUAUUGGAUUGAAACCGGUCGAGAAUGUUUCAACAUCGGCAACUUCAACAGUUUAAUGGCUAUCAUUGCAGGCUUGAAUAUGUCACCGAUUUCGCGACUUAAAAAGACGUGGGCCAAGGUUCAGACUGCCAAAUUUUCGGUGCUUGAACAUCAAAUGGAUCCCACCAGUAAUUUCAACAGUUAUCGGUCUACAUUAAAAGCAGCUAUGUGGCGGUCAGCUGGUGCUACAGAUGAACGGCAGCGUAUCGUCAUUCCGUUCUUCAGUCUAUUGGUCAAAGAUUUAUAUUUUCUGAAUGAGGGAUGCUCGAAUAAACUUCCCAACGGUCAUAUCAAUUUCGAUAAAUUCUGGCAGCUAGCUAAACAAGUCACCGAAUUCAUAGCAUGGAAACAAGUAACAUGCACGUUUGAAAAAUUGCCAAAAGUUAUACUGUUCCUACAAACCAAUCACGUACUAAACGAAAACACAUUGGCGAUGGCCUCGUUUGAAUGUGAACCGCCCGAUAAUCAACACGAAAAGGAUCGGUAUAAAUUGCUUAAAAGUGAACAAAACCAACAUUGACUGUCUCGUAAAAAUGAUAUUUUUUUUAAAAAAAGAAAAGGGGGAAAUAAUUUAUAAUCUGAAAUUUCUUGUAAUUUUUAUUUUAUUUAAAAAAAAAUAUUUUUGUUGUUUUCAUGUGACGAAUCGUAAAGUAUUCUAUAACAGAGAGAAAGGAAAAGAUUUCGCAAUUUCUUCUUUUUUGAAAAAAAAGUAUUUUUUUACAAAUUAGUUUUUAGAGUGCUAGAGCUAUCCUAUAAAAUAUUAUAUUAAUGAAUAGAUGCUAAAUGGAUAGAUUUUAUACGUUGUAACCGAAAAAGAAAACAAUGAAAAGUACAUUUUAAAACGAAAAAAACAAAAGAAAAUUGUGUAGCAGGACGCGGUCAUAUUAUUUUAAUUGAUGUUGCGACACAAAUAAUUCAUCAAUAUCUCAGCAAAAUUCUAUGAAAUAUGCAGCUUUUUCAAUCAGAGCUUGCUUAAAAGAAUUUUAAUCCUAAAAACCUCCAAAUAAUAAAAAAAAAAUUAAAGAAAAAAAAUCUGAAAAAAUUGUCAGAAUUUUUACGGAAUAUUUUCGGAAUUUUCAAGAUUAAAAUUCUCUAAAAUAAGCACUGUUUUCAACAUUAUACAGAUCUGCAUCACAAAAUGAACGACGGCGCCAAGUCAUUACUUUUCCGACGAUAACGAAUUUCGGAAAA